CCCCUGAUUGCCGGCAUGGUGGUGCUUCUGCUGGCUCUUGUGAGUCUGUUCCUGGGCGUGUUUCUGGGCUUGGGGAAGAAGUACAUGGCCCCCCCCUCUGGGUACUUCUUCUCAAGGGCUGCUGUUGCUGCCGACGCUGGGAAGUGCUCCGAGGUUGGAAGGGACAUUCUGAAGAAGAACGGUUCGGCGGUGGAUGCUUCCAUUGCCGCCUUGCUGUGUGUCGGCCUUUUUAAUGCUCACAGUAUGGGCAUCGGAGGCGGGGUCUUCUUUGUAAUCUACAAUGCUUCCACCGGGAAGGUAGAAACUAUUGAUGCCAGGGAGACGGCACCCAAGAUGGCCACUGAGGACAUGUUUGGCAACAACACCCAGCUUUCUCGUGCAGGUGGAUUGUCCAUCGCUAUCCCAGGAGAGAUUCGCGGCUACGAGAUGGCCCACAAGAGACAUGGCAGACUGGCGUGGAGCCAGCUGUUUGAGCCCAGCAUCGCCUUGGCUCGCCACGGAUUUCCUGUCGGAAAAGCCUUGGCUCAGGCUAUCUUGAAGAGCAAGGACUCCAUCCGAGGAGACGCCAACCUGUGUGAAGUGUUUUGUGACUCUUACAAAAACAUUCUGAAGGAAAACGACAUUGUUCGAUUCCCAAAGCUGGCAGACACGUACCAGAGGAUAGCAGACGGGGGUCCUGACGUCUUCUAUAACGGCUCGGUGGCGCACAACAUGGUGGAAGACAUCCAGGCAGCAGGUGGAAUCAUCACCUUGGAGGAUUUAUUGGAGUACCAGCCGGUGCUGAAUGAAAAUCCCUUGAAGCUCCAGGUGGGGGAAUACACCAUGCAUGUCCCGGACGCCCCCUCCAGUGGCCCCGUCUUGGCACUCAUUCUGAACAUAGUGAACGGCUACAACUUCACAGACAUGAGUGUCUCCACAGCAGAGAAGAAGACUCUCACAUAUCAUCGCAUCAUUGAGGCUUUCCGUUUCGCUUACGCCAAGAGGAGCAAACUCGGGGACCCACGUUAUCUAAAUAUUACAGAUCUCAUCCAAAACAUGACAUCCGACUACUUCGGCGAAGGAAUACGCAAGAAAAUUACGGACGACACCACUCACCCGGACAUUUACUACGAGCCCGACUACUUUGUCCCAGACAGCCAUGGCACAGCUCACCUGUCCGUCUUAGCCGAGGACGGCAGUGCAGUGGCUGCCACCAGCACCAUUAAUCUCUACUUUGGAUCCAAAGUCAGGUCUCGAUCAACUGGAAUAAUCUUCAACGAUGAAAUGGACGACUUCAGCUCUCCAUACAUAAUCAAUGGCUUUGGAAUCCCUCCCUCGCCUAACAACUUCAUCCAACCAGGCAAGAGGCCUCUGUCUUCCAUGACGCCAGCGAUCGUCUUCGACAAAGACAAAAGGGUUAAAAUGGUUGUAGGAGCAUCAGGAGGCACCAAAAUCACCACCGCCACCGCUUUGGUCAUCCUCAACUCCCUCUUUUUCAACUAUGACCUAAAGAAAGCAGUUAACGAGCCGCGAGUGCACAAUCAACUCAAUCCAAAUCUGACGGUGGUGGAGCAGGGCUUUGAGAAGAGUGUCCUUGAAGGCCUGAUGCAGAAGAACCAUGUAACCCAGCUGCUGAAGAGUCCAGAUUCGGUGGUCCAGGUGGUGAUGCAGCAAGGACAGCGUCUCUGUGCCGAGUCCGACCCCAGGAAAGGAGGAUAUCCGGCAGGAUACUAAACGUGCUUUCAAACUCCCGCUCAGACGUACCAAAGCUGCAGAAUGACUCCGUUUUAUGACCUCUUUUGGGUCAUUUUAAAAAGCAAACAUGGAUGCUCUUAGAGUUGUAACCUCCACCAGGAGGCUUUGUCAUCCUUUGUCUUUCUGUCUGUGAGUUAGUUGGCAAAGUAGCUCCUUGCUAACUUUCAGGAAAUGUCCAAAACGGGAUAGGAAACAAGUCAUAACAUAUCGGGGCUGAUCCGGAUCAUUUAUACUGCGUUACCGUACGUUUACAUUACAAGUUUCAAAUUCUGUCUGAGUGUAUGUUAGUGGUCCCGCCUCCACCCACAGGGACAAAGAAAGUGGAUGACUGCCAAGAGUCUUCAUCCCGCUAAAGAUGGCUCAAAAAGUGAUGGGAACAUUUGAAUUAAACUUUCCUGACAUGUCAGAAAUGGGGGGAGGAAGAAGCGAUUACAUUUUGGGGCUGAUCCGGAUCGCUGUCUGAACUCAAAGUUUUUACUACCUGGAGGGAUGUGCUCUCUGAGAGUUUUCCUCGUUGAUUUAUGUAUUGGAAGUACGAGAUAAAGGUGAUAUUUUACUAUGCUGA